GCUUGGCAACCCGGCGCGUGCGUGAGGGGAAGAGUUGGUGGCCGCCAGAGCACUGAAGGCGAGGGAACGGCUGCCGGGAUAACGAAACGUCAGCUCGGGAGGCGCUUGUGGCAGUGUGAGGGGAAGGGAAAGGCGGAGAAGGGAAGGCGGCCGGAUAGAAUUUUUAAAAUUAAUAUAUUUAUUUGUUUGUAUCGUGUGUUGUGCCAUCUUUGGACAUUACAGAGUUGAGGAGACGCCAGGCAGGUCCCUGCCCUGAGAAGCCGGUCUACAUAUGUGGCAGAGUGAGGAGGACUAGAAGAAUUCCAGUGAAUGCUAUCAACAGUUCAUCUGUGGAGCAUUAUUCUGUAUUGAAGAUAGGGAAAUAAUCACAGCCUCGAGUUCCCAUGAUGCAAAGGAAAUGUUACAAGGUGCACAGAUUCUAUGGUUAUAAAACAUGCUAAAAAUGUGGCCUUGAAAGGGAGUUCCUCCAAACAAGAGUCUGUAGCACUUACCGCCGUAGCAUUACAAGAUCACAUUUUACAUAAUCUCCAGCUCCAGAAUCUUUCAUUAGCAGAUCCUUUUAAGUCAAACAGAUGGAGUAAAAGGAAUAGACCUGUGAACAAAGAGGUGAUCAGAGCAGUAGUAGACACUGGACUAAGAAAAACAACCUGUUGCCAACAAAAAAAUGAAGAUCCAGAAAAGGAGUAUAUCCUUGAUGCUUGUCCUCAACCUUUCACAUUAGCCCAGAAACUUGGCUUGGUGGAGCCUCCUGCCAUUCCACUAACAACAGAGGAAUGGGAGCACGUGAAGCAACGAUCCAUAGAACAAGGAGAUUCUGUACAGCCUUGUGCCAUAUGCAAAGAAGAAUUUGCUCUUCAACCACAGGUGCUGCUCUCGUGUUCUCAUGUGUUUCAUAAAGCAUGCCUAAAAGCAUUUGAAAGAUUUGCAGGGAAAAAAUCCUGUCCAAUGUGUAGAAAGAUCCAGUAUCAAACCCGAGUAAUUCAUGACGGAGCACGCCUAUAUAAAAUAAAGUGUGCUACAAGAAUUCAAGCUUGCUGGAGAGGAUACAUUGUUAGAAAAUGGUAUAAUAAUCUGAGGAAAACAGUGCCUCCAAAAGAUCUCAAGUUAAGAAAGGCAUUCUUUGAAGAAAAGUUUACAGAGAUCUGCCAACGAUUAUUGAACUCAUAUGAUACCUGUGUAGAUGAACUCUUCUCUGAGAUUGAUUCUACUAUAGCUGCAAGUCAAAAUGUGUUUCAACAACUGGACAAAACGUUGGGCCCAUUCCUAAGUGAAGCUGAAUGGGGGAAAAUACAGAUGCAGGCAUUCCGGCAAGACAUUUCUGACUGCCCAAUUUGCAUUAUGCCACUUGCUCACUCAGUACAUCUUCAGGACGGCCUUCUCCAAGACAGCCACCAAGCAUGUCCCCGCCAUAUUGUCCUGCUCUCCUGUUCACACAUGUUUCAUAGUGCCUGUCUUCAAGCAUUUGAAGAAUUUUCUUUGGGAGAAAGACCCAUUUGUCCUUUAUGCCGCUCCUGUUAUCAGAAGAAAGUGCUUUAUGGUUAACAUAACAAUACAUAUUUUCAUGGAGUUGAGAAUACCUUAGCAAAAAUAAUAUAUUUCAAGGGAUGUUUUAAUUGCUUGGCAUUUCGGCAAGUAUUGUCAUGCAGGGUGGAGGUAGGAGGUAGUGGGGAGCAGGGAGCUGGAUAUUAGGUUUAAGGUCAGCCUGGUCAUUGUCCAGACUCAUUUCCUUUUCUCUGAGCGAUGGCUCUCUGAUACCCUCAAAAUUCUCUUUGUCAAUGAAUGAACAGAAAAAAACAGUUGUGCUAGUCUGCAGAAACAUAAGAAUAUAAGAACAGCCUUGCUGGAUCGGGCCAAGGCCCAUCUAGUCCAGCAUCCUGUUUCACACAGUGGCCCACCAGAUGCUACUGGAAGCCUACCAGUGGGCAUGCCCUCUCUCCUGCUGUUACUCCCCUGCAACUGGUACCUUUGAGGCUGGAGGUAGCCUAUAGUCCUCCGACCAGUAGCUAUUGAUAGACUUUUCCUUCAUGAAGUUAUUCAAAGUCCCUCUUAAAGCCAUCCAGGUUUUUGGCUGUCACCACAUCUUGAAAGACCUGCACAAGCACUUUUGUCUCCAUCCACAGAGUUUUCUUGAGGCUGAGGGAAGAGGAUGUCAGCAGUUUGCUAUCAAUAGCAGGCAGGUCACCCAAAAUGAUGGUGUUGAGAAACUUCAGUCCUUGCCAAUGAGUUGAUGCUGCAAUCAAGGUUCAACUCUCAAGCAAUCAGAGGAGUCAUUUCAUUCUGCUUCAAAAUCAAACAAACCAGAGAAAUUGAUGCCUGUAUCAGGAGUUCAGCAUCUCCUAUAGACAUCCAAGCCAUUAAGAAAUUGUCUGGCAAUUCAGCAAAACUUCAGCUGAAUACUUGCACAUAACACAAAAAGCAAGAAUGAAAAUACUUGCUCAUGGCAGUUUGAGUGUCACAGGUGCUACCUGGACUUCUGGUGUCUCCCUGGACUUCUUAGUGUUGCUUGAGACUGCAAGAAGGUAGCGAACUGUUUUAAGUCAUCAGAGGAGACCAUCUCUACCUUUCCAUCAGGUGAAAGCCACCAGAAAAAGUGAUCACUGCUUUCUUGAUUGCAGUUCAAAGUGCUGCUACUGAGCUCAGUCAGCAGGCUCUUCACCUUGAUACCCAUGGUGCUCUGCAAGAUGCUGGUAGUUCUGGUAGAAUGGCAAGGCAAAAGAAAAACAGAGCUGCUUCUUUGUGACCAUUGUGCUUCAAAUAGGUAUUCUGUGCAGAUACUAGAUGGGAGAUGCUAAAAAGCUCUGGCAGGCUAGGGAGUGCUGGCCCCCAAUAGCUUUACAUACAUGGUUUGAGGCAGCAAAACCAAUGUCUUCCUGCUCAGUUUCAUCUGGCAAUAAUAAAGAACAUGACCAAUUUCAGUACACUUGAAAUUUCUCCUACUGUGAGAUGGAUAUAGGACUGCACAGAAUACUCACCUGAAGAAUUUUUGUUUCAUUCUUUGUCAAGGAGCAAUAUACAAGGUUUUCUCCCUCUCAUUUUAUCCUCCUAAUACCUGUGAAGCAGGAAAGACUGAAAGAUGGCAUCUGGUCUAAGAUCACCUGGUGGUCGGGCAGGAGUGCCAAUUUGAACUCAGAUCUUUUCAGUCAAGACUGCUGCUCUAAUCACUACAUCAUGACAACAGCUACAGAUACUCAACUAUUUUCUUCAUGGAUUCUUUGCAGAGCCACAUAUAGGAAAAUAGCAAGCUGACUUACCAAGAGGCAGAAGGAGAUAACAGUCAAGGGAAGAGAGAGCCCAGUGCUUUAUGCUUCCAGAGAAGGAGGUGCAUGGUGAUAACCAAGUAGCUGCCCUGCAAAUAUCCAGUAUGAAAAUACCUCUAGUGCAUGCCAUAGACAUUAAUGGAUCUUAUUGUGUGUACAAACAGAGCCAGGACACAGUCUACCAUGAAGUUUCUAACAGGAAAAAGAGUCCGAGGUGCUUUUGAGUAGCUACCACAGGAAAUGAAGAGAGGUCUAUAUAUGUGGAGAAGUGGCAUUUCACUUAUAGAGGUUUGAAUUGCUGAGGCAGUGCAAAAUUGCUGUAUCUUGGGGGCAGUUAAAGCAAAACUGAUGGCUUAAACAACAGGAAUGUGAAAAGCUGUUCAUACUAAAAAGAACCAGAUAGGCCAAGACACUGUAUAGUGAUAUGAGCCCGAGGGCAGAGUCAGUGCCAGUGAUAUCCUUGUCAUCAAAAGGGAGAUUUUCCAUCACCUGAUUGUCCUAUAAUGGCACCAAAGAUAGACAUGGCUAAAUAACAGUGUGCAUGGUCUGUACCAAGUCUACCUGCUACUUCGCUAGCCUAGAUGCCACAAAAUGAGAUGACAUGUACUUGUCAUCUUUGGCAAGCUUGAUAAUGAAGACCCACUCCUUUCCCAGUGGAAGAACUGGUAUCUAGGGGUGUGCACGGAACCACGGAGCUGCGGUCCAGCACUGGGGUGGGGGGGUUCCACUCAAAACAGGGGGGGCUUUACUCACCCCUUCCAUUAAAGUCCCAUAUUUUUUGAAGUAAUCGGGCGGCAAGGUGCCGCCCGCUUCAAUCUCCUCUAACGCGGGCUCCUCGUAUCCAUAAUCGGGGCGGCAGGAUCGCUCCCAGUCCCUGCUGACCCCUUCAAGCUAAGUCCCCCUCGGCUGGCGGCCGCCCCCUGAAGCUCCCCAGAGGUCCCCUGCUGCCCCCUUCUUUCCAAAUCUACUCCAAUUACAAGAGGACGGCAGGAGAACUCCCUGCCGUCCCCUUCCCCCUUGCUGGCUGGGCUGCAAAUGGCUUCUAGGGAGCCUUUCGCGCACCUGUGAAAUGGAAGGGGUGAGUAAAGCCCCCCCGUUUUGAGUGGAACUCCCCACCCGAACCAAAACCACCCCAUGCCCGGACCGGUCUGGAGGCCUUUAGAAUGGCCUCCGAACCGGUCCGUGCACAUGAUUACUGGUAUCAAACCAUAAAGGUAAAGUGUGCCGUCAAGUCAGUGUCGACUCCUGGUGCCCACAGAGCCCUGUGGUUGUCUUUGGUAGAAUACAGGAGGGGUUUACCAUUGCUUCCUCCCACACAGUAUGAGAUGAUGCCUUUCAGCAUCUUCCUAUAUUACUGCUGUAGGUAUUUCCCAUAGUCUGGGAAACAUACCAGCUGGGAUUGGUGAGAGAGAAAGUUCUGAAUCAGUCUCACUUGAAAAUGAUCUUGUCAACAUCAACAGUAGUGUCUAUAUUUCAAAUGGAGAAGAGAGCCAAAUCUCUAGCCAGAGCAGUUUUAGAAAAUUGAGUCAGAUCAGUUCAAGUAGCCAUGUAAACGGUUGACAGUCCUGGUGAUACAUACAUUGCAGGUGUGAAAGGCUGGCUCCCUAUUUUUAAAUGGAUACUAAAAACCUUGCUAUUUCAGAAGACCUUUAAUACUGUGCUGAAUUGAUUAUAUAAUGCUGUUUGUUUUCUGCUACCAUUGUGUUUGUGAUUUAUUUUAAAUUAUUUUAUUGUAAGCUAUAAUAUAAAUAUGGUAAUUCAAAUAAAAUGUUGAAGUAGUGA